AUGAAUUCUUCGAACAUUGAAGAUAAGCAAUUAUCAGACCAAAACGUUAAGCUUAGCUUUCUAAAAGAAGAGCUGAUUGAAAUGAAUUACGAUGUUAGACUAUUUACUAAGUUCGUUGAAGAUCUAAGGCGCACAAAUGUUGAUGAAUGAUCAUUUGAUGAGCUGUCAGAUUGCAUCUGAGCCUUUAAAAAUAAAUAUAAGCCUGGACAAACUUUGGAAGAAGUAGUUGAAAAAGAAAAGGUUGAAAAGGAAAUAGAGAAAGAGCUCUACGAAAUAGUCAGCCAAAAGAAAAACUAUGAAAGGAAUCGAGAAUCUGACAAAAAGAAUAGAGAUAUCCCUCCUAAGCCAGAAAAGAAGAUCAAAUUUGAAGAAAAUGGGUUUGAGUCUUCCCCAAAAUAUAGCGUAAGCGGUGAAGAGUAUGAAAUAAAAUAUUUUAUUGAUGAGCCAAUUGAUAAUUCUUCAGAAAAGUAUUCAAUAAAGCUCCCUAUAAUGCCUGACAAUAAACAAGCUACACAAACAAAAAUAUUUGACCAGAUAAAUUCUGAGCAUUCUGGACUAUUUUUGCACGUUGAUGAUCCAAUUCAAGAGUCAGUGACUCCUCAAUUUUCAAGAACUGAAGCAGGCUACAAGUUCAGUACAUUAUCAUCUAGCGAAGAAGACAUUUUAGCAGAAAUUUAUGGAAAAAAUGAAACUCCUUCUCAAUCUCCUGAAGAAGAAAGUAUUGGUAAAUCAUCAUCUUCAAUGCCAGCAUUUAAUACCUCUUUGAAAAACCCUACUCUUGAGCUAAAUAAUGAAAAAAAUACUCAAGAUUUAACUACAGUAAAUCAUGAAGAUAAAGGAAAUAUACGAAAAGACGAUGAAGGUAUUUUGCGCGGCUCCAUGUCAAAUGACAGUGGAUUUUUGACAGUGUACAUUUCAUCGAAAUACAUUUGGUCGAAUAUUUUUAAAUAGUGUGACAUUUGGUUGAAAAAUUAAUGGUUUUUUUCGGUCAAAUGUCUCGCUAUCAAAAAGUUUCAACCAAUUUUCGGCCUAAAAUGGGCACUAUCAAAAAGGAAAUGUCAUUAGACUUGCACCCAUUUUGCGCUACUUCCAAAGCUUUACCUCAACACUUGAAAAAUUUGAAGAAAAACUGGAAAAGCUAUCUAGUAGAAUUAGUGAUAUAGAAUUCAAAAUUGAUAAAAAUUCAAGCGAUUAUAUCGAAAAAAACAAAAUUUUAGCUGAAGAAGUACAAGCUUUAACAAAUGAAAUAAAAGAUAUUAAAAAAAGUAACGAAAUUGUCCUGAAUAGUGUAGAAAUGAUAAAAGAGCUGCCUGAAAAAGUUAAUGCAUUAGAGAAUAAAGAUAAAUACAGAUCAAAACUGCUUGAAGAGCUGGCAUCUGAAAGCAGUUCUUUCCGUGAAAACUCAAAAGAUCUUGAAUCAAAAAUAGACAAGCUUGAAAUUGGUAUAAAAAAUAAGCUGAAAAAUUUGAAAAAUAAUUCAAUGAGUCGUAAUGAAAUUUCUGAUAUAAGAGAGUCUCAGUCCUCAAUCACAGCAAAUAUUGAAAAUUUAACUAGUGAUAUUUACCAUGCAAAUGAAGAAAUUAUGAAGCUUCGAAAUCAAAUGGACACUCAUUUAAAGUCAUCAAUUAAAAUUUCAAAGUUAAAAGCAGACCAUGAGAAAUUUUAUAAUGAAAUUAGCCAGAAAAUUGAAAAUCUUGAACAAAAAGAUGAAGAAGUUAAAAAAAUUAGAGUCAUCACGGAAACAAUUAAAAGCGAUUUAUCUGAAAAGUUGAAGAGUUUAGAAGAAAAAAUUAGAAGAGAGCAUGAAAAUGAUCCUGCUAAAGAAGCAACGCUAUAUUCUAUUAGCACAUUGGAAAAAAAGAUGCAAGCACUUGAUGAAAAGCUAGCUAAAGAGCUUGCGAGUGUAAGAGAUUUUUCUAUUUCAAAUAUAAAAGAAUAUCAAAACUCUCACCCGGAAGAAAGCAAAGCUUUCUCUGAAAAAGCGGAUGUUAAGAUAAUAUUUCAAUCUGAAAAUGCUACUAAAAAGCAAACAAUCCAAGAAAAAAAUUCUCCAUUAACUAUAUCUCAGCUUGAAAAAGACCAGCUUUCAAAGCCUACAGUCCCUAGAUUUUUCUAUAAAACAAAAAACAAGCGAGUUUCUUCUUCAACCCCAAAAUUAAAAUCUUACCAGCCUGAAAGUUUUCCACAAACAGUUAAAAAUAAAAAUAUUGAAGAAGAAAAAAUUCUCAACGUAGAAAAUGAGCAUGAGCCUAUCAGAGAUUUACCAAUUUCUAAUAAGAGAAAGUUAAUUGAUCGUGAAUUAUUGAAUGAAAGAAUAACGAGACUUGAAAAUCUGAAUAAAAGAGCAGUCACUACAGAAGUAGGAAUACAAUCUGUAGAUAGAAACUCUGAAUGCUCAGUUUCUGGGGAUUUGGGAGAUUUUGUUCCUGGAGAAACUGAGAGCAUCCUUGUUAGCACUAUUUUAGAGAAGGCUAAUAAAGCGAGAGCGACUGACAGCUUUAAACAAUUGUAUAGGCCAUUUAAAGGAAUAAGCCCACUUUCAUCAUCUAUGAUGUCAAUUUCACAGUAUAGCCAAAAACAGUCAACAACUAAUAGUGAAUUUGGCGAAACUUUGCCAAGCCAGGAGCUGCAAGAACAUUUGAAGCUAAGAGGGUUUAACAUUAAAGAAAGCAAGCCCUUCGUAUCUCGUCAGAAAGAUUUAUAA